CAACAGGAGUCUUUGACAGACGCACACGCAGGCACCCAGAGCCGGCUGAGGUGGAGUGAGCCUCCUUUACACAGGUUCCAGUCGGGGCCAUGGAGGGGACCCUGGUUUGAGAGGCGGAGUUGGGUGGGGGGAAGACUGUGCAUUGUUGUCUGACUGUUGUCUGGAUUUCCUUUAGUGCCUGAGGCUCCCUCAGGCGAUAGAAAUGCCACCUUCCUAGAUCGGAGAGCUCUUGGACAAGGCAGGUGGAUCCUGUCGGAGGUUUGCCCCUUUUGGUGGCUGCUGUCAGUGGAGCGUCUUCCCUUUGCAAGGAGGGGAAAGGGGCCUCCUUGUUGGGUCACUCCUGCAGCCAAGAUCCAGACAAGCGGUAGCAGGAGGCCUUUAGGGACUCCAUCCGCCUUGGGGCUUGCAAACAGACAGCUCAGAUCCUCCUCCUCCUCCUCCUCUUGGGCUGCAUCCAGCGUUUCCAUUCCCAGCCUCGGGGCAUGGCUGCUGAGAGGGCAGAGAAAGCCAGCGGGGAGAAAGAGAGAGCCGAGAACAAGGAGGAGGAAGAGGAGGCCAAUGUGUUCCUGCCUUGGGAAGACAACUGGAGACCCUGGCCAAAAGCCCGGCGCAAGGUGCACGGUUGCCUGGGGUGCCUCAAGCGGCAGCUCUUCCGAGUCGGGGAUGAUUGGUAUUACCUCUUUGCCCUGGGCGUCAUCAUGGCGCUGCUCAGCUUCGCCAUGGACUUCACCGUCUCCAGAGUUGCCAGAGCACACCUGUGGCUUUACAAAGAGGUUGGAGACUACCAGGUGCUGAAGUUCCUCUCCUGGACCAUGUACCCAGUCGCACUCUCGGCUUUUUCCACGGGCUUUGCCCAAAGCAUUACCCAGCACGCUGGAGGCUCUGGCAUCCCCGAACUCAAGACCAUCCUGACUGGCGUCAUCCUGGAGGAGUACUUGGCCAUGGAGAACUUUGGGGCCAAAGUCGUGGGGCUGACCUGCACACUUGCCUGCGGGAGCACCAUCUUCCUCGGGAAAGUGGGACCCUUUGUUCACCUCUCCAGCAUAAUUGCUGCCUACCUGGGCAAGAUCCGGACCAGCAUUUCUGGGGAGUACGAGAAUAAAAGCAAGCAGAACGAGAUGCUGGUGGCAGGAGCGGCCGUGGGCGUGGCAACCGUCUUUGGGGCACCCAUCAGCGGGGUCCUCUUCAGCAUCGAGGUCGUAUCCUCCCACUUUGCCGUCCGGGAUUACUGGAGGGGCUUCUUCUCGGCCACUUGUGGCGCCUUCAUGUUCCGCCUGUUGGCUGUUUUCAACAGUGAACAAGAAACCAUCACAGCCCUCUUCAAGACCAGUUUCAAAAUUGAUUUCCCCUUUGAUCUGCCGGAGACUGUUUUCUUCACAUUCCUCGGCGUGAUCUGUGGCGUGCUGAGCUGUGCGUACCUCUUCUGCCAGCGCUGGUUCCUGGGCUAUGUCCGGAGGAACUGCUUCACGGCCAAGCUGCUAGCCACCGAGAAACCCCUCUAUUCGGUGCUGGUGGCCUUCCUGCUGUCCUCCAUCACCUUCCCCCUUAGCCUGGGACAAUUCAUGGCCUCCAGGCUGAGCAUGAAGGAUCUGCUCACCUCCUUGCUCGAUAACCGCACCUGGAGUGUCCUCUCCCAGAACGUGUCACUUGACAGGCCUCCCCAGGUGGACCCCCUCAACCUAUGGCAGGAGUGGUGGCACCCCGACCUCUCCAUCUUCGGCACGCUGUCUAUCUUCCUGGUGAUGAAGUUCUGGAUGCUGAUCUUGGCCACCACCAUGCCUAUGCCCGCCGGGUACUUCAUGCCCGUCUUCAUUUACGGAGCUGCCAUCGGGCGAUUGGUGGGUGAAGCCACAGCCCUCCUCUUCCCCAUGGGCAUCACUGCGGGGGGCCCUCCUAGCCCCAUUAUCCCUGGGGCGUAUGCGCUGGCAGGGGCUGCUGCCUUCUCUGGCUCAGUCACCCACACCCUCUCCACCGCCUUGCUGGCCUUUGAGAUGACUGGGCAGAUUGCCCACAUCCUGCCUGUGCUGCUGGCCGUCCUGGUGGCCAACGCCAUUGCCCAGAAGUUCCAGCCUUCCUUCUACGAUGGCACCAUCCUUGUCAAGAAGCUACCGUACCUUCCUCGCAUCCGCAGCAGGCAUAUCGAGUCCUACCUGGUCACCACCCAGGAGUUCAUGAAUACAGAUUUCGUCAUCCUGCCCCAGGAAGCCUCCUUCCAUGACAUCCUCCAGGUGGUUACCAUGACGGAUGCCCAGGAGUAUCCGGUGGUCGACAAUACUG